AAGAUCUACAUUCCUGUUAAGGAGUACCCAGGUUAUCCAUUCAUCGGCCUCAUCCUGGGUCCUCGUGGAAACACUCAGAAGAAGUUAGAAAGAGAAACUGGAGCAAGGAUCGUUAUUCGCGGAAAGGGCUCAGUCAAGGACGGCAGAAAAGGAUUCAAGGGCAAUGAUCCCUCUGAGGACGAAGACUUGCACGUCUUGAUCACCGGAGAUACUCAGGAGCAGGUCGACGCUGCUAGCAAGAUCAUUACAGAGCUGUUGACUCCCAAGGAAGAUGCAGAGAAUGAAUGGAAGCGUAUGCAGCUCAGAGAGUUGGCAUUGAUUAAUGGAACUUUG